AUGCAGGGAGGCAAUCUAGACAUUAUUUCUGCCACCGAGGCGCUGAGUUCUUGGCCAGUGGAGGAUGCAGUGAUUGUACUUUUUACAGGAAGUGACCAGAGCAAAUUUCCCGCUGCUGGCCGCGGGUACAACAAGAUAGCUCAAACCAUCCAAACCUCCACCGUGGAGCCAACGAGCGAGGAACCGACCACCAUUACCAUAACCACAACGGAAUUAUAUUUUCCUCCCAUUUGCGGAUUCUGCAUUUUGUUGGAUGCUUCAGUGGAGGGCUGGGAGACAUAUCCGGCGCAGGUUGAAUAUAUGAAGCAGAUAUCCCUGCCACUCAUCCAACAGGCUGUAGCCGCUCCCUACUUGCUUCCGAUUUGUUUUUAUAUAUUUGGACAGGGCGAUUCGAGCGUUGGCUGCGGCAGUGAUUAUCAAUGGCUCAUUACUGGUUGGGAGGAGCUCAAUCGCAACGUGACAAUAGCAAAUGCGAAGAAUACGACGAUCGUCGACCAGAUGGCAUGGUUCAGCAUUUGGCAAUCGUGCACCGGCCGCGUGAGGCAGCUGGCACUAAUUUUUACAAACAGCGGAAGUCGAUGCCGCACCUCCAUUUUCUGGUGUGUAUCCGGUUGCCAUAUAUGGACAUGCGUUCUCAGGUGCCAAUCUUGGGCGCCUAGCGCAUCCAAUGGAUCGAUAGAAGCAUUGGAUCUGCUCGGCGAACAAGUCGCAUUGAUGAGAGAAGCAGCGGCGACCAUGUUCAAAGAGUUACAAGAUCUGCGGUUUAGACUUGCAAUGGCUGGUGUAGUUGUCGGCCAGAGCGAAUAUGACAUCGAUUAUGCCUUCCAAAAAUAUACCCCCGAGUAUUGGCUAUACGACUACUUUUUCGCCGUUGACCGGAAGAAUGUCACGAGACUUACCGCAUUGAAUCACACUAUUGCUGAUACUUUGGCUACCGUGCGUUCGGAAAUCUACCCGGAUCGAGGAGCUGCCUUCUUCUUCAGUAACAGCCCCCAAGCGGAAGUCGACGCGAUUCCGACGUCAGAUUUCCGCCGGCAACUCUAUGGCUACAGUCUAGCAGGGGCUGACCUCAGCAGGAUUGCCAAACCCUUCCAAAUCCCGCUGGCGGAAGACACUAUCGCGGACUUUCGCGAUAUUUUUUGCUUGGGCCCCGGA